AUGACCCUUACUUCAGCACUGGCCCCUUUCUCAUUCUAUUCCUCGACCGGACAGUGUGCGGACAUGUCUCAUCGCAAAUUCCAUGCACCCCGCCAUGGACACAUGGGGUUCCUGCCCCACAAGCGUAGCAAGAAGCAUAGGGGCAGGGUGCGGACAUGGCCCAAAGAUGACCCCAGCCACCCUGUCCACCUCACUGCCUUCCUGGGAUACAAGGCCGGCAUGACCCACACGCUGAGGGAUGUGCACCGCACUGGCCUCAAGCAAGCAAAGCGAGAGCAAGUGGAGGCGGUUACCAUCAUUGACACUCCUCCAGUCAUUGUGGUGGGGGUAGUGGGAUACAUUGAGACUAUCCGUGGCUUGCGUUCCCUCAAAACCAUCUUUGCGGAGCAUCUCAGUGACGAGUGCAAGCGCAGAUUUUAUAAAAACUGGUACAAGAGCAAGAAGAAGGCCUUCACCAAGUACAGUAAGAAGUGGCAGGAUGAGACAGGAAAGAAACAGCUGGACAAGGAUUUCGCUCAGAUGAAGAAAUACUGUUCAGUAAUCAGGGUUAUUGUUCACUCUCAGGUGCGAUUGCUGGCCGUAAAGCAGAAAAAGGCCCACAUCACGGAGGUGCAGCUAAACGGGGGAAGCAUCGCGGACAAGGUGGACUGGGCUAAGGAGCACCUGGAGCAAGCUGUGCCUGUCUCUGCCGUCUUCUACCAGGAUGAGAUGAUUGACAUCAUUGGAGUCACCAAGGGUCAUGGCUUUAAAGGUGUGACAAGCCGCUGGCGCACAAAGAAGCUUCCCAGGAAGACUCACAAGGGUCUGAGGAAGGUGGCCUGUAUUGGAGCCUGGCAUCCGGCCCGUGUGUCGUACACUAUAGCUCGUGCAGGUCAGAAGGGCUAUCACCACCGCACUGAGAUCAACAAAAAGAUCUACCGUGUUGGUAAGGCAGUGCACAUCCGGGACGGAAAGGUGAUCCGGAACAAUGCCUCCACUAGCUACGACACCACCCAGAAGGCCAUCACGCCCAUGGGAGGCUUCCCUCACUAUGGUGAAGUGAAUAAUGACUUUGUCAUGGUGAAGGGCUGCGUGGUCGGGUGUAAGAAACGCGUCCUCACCCUCAGAAAGUCUUUGCUCGUGCACACGUCUCGCAAGUCCAAGGAGACCAUCGAGCUCAAGUUCAUCGACACCACAUCAAAAUUCGGCCAUGGCCGCUUCCAGACUGCCCAGGAGAAGAAGGCAUUCAUGGGUCCGCUGAAGAUGGAUGUCCUGAAAAAAGCGACGGAGCCUCUGACCGAGGAGGCCUGAAAGCAAUUCUCAAUUUUCAUACAGUAAUAAAACACAGAAACACCAAAGUUUCAAAUACACCGUGUGUGAUCGUGUCAUGUAAAUUAACAUUGGUGUUGCAUAAUUGAUGUGUAUUUGUUUUAACUGGAUUAAUUAUACAUUUAAAUGGAAUAAUUACCAUAGAUUUAACAGGUUUUUAUUCGCUGAUAAUCCAUGAGUUUAUUUACAUUGUUCAAAAACAACAUGCACCAUGGAAGCUUGAUCAUCAUUAUCAUCUCCAUGUUUUUCAUCAGUGGAUUAGAAAAUGAUUAAAUAGAUAGUUUGUUAAUUCAACAUUCUUCACCAGGUCAUCUACAGCACCUUGUUUUGACGUACAUCUAGUAUUUACAUCUUUUAUCAGUGUUGGCAUCAAAUUAAAAAAAAAAAGUGCUCUAACUGGUAUACAGUUCAAUCAUCUUCACAGUACAGGGCACUUUAGCACCA